ACAGCUGAUUGUUCGCUUGGAAUUUGUGACAGUCUGCUUUUUUAUGACAGUCUGUUUUUGUCGGUGCUGGGUGUAGUUUAAUUUAUAAAACUUGUGCGUUUAACGUAAUUCUUGAAAAGAAUUAUUUGUGGAUUACUGCCAAACAAAACAUUUAUAAACAGAUAAAUGUCUACAUCAUCUUCUAGCAAUCAACCCGCACCACCUGUUAAACAGUUCUCAUUAUUACCAAAGAUUGUGAAUGGUGGAAUAGCUGGCAUAAUAGGAGUAACAUGUGUGUUCCCCCUGGAUCUAGUCAAAACACGUCUACAAAAUCAGACAGUGUCUCCAAAUGGGGAACGCAUGUAUACCUCAAUGGUGGACUGCUUCAGAAAAACCUACAGAGCAGAAGGAUUUUCGGGCAUGUACAGAGGGUCUGCCGUUAACAUUCUUCUCAUAACUCCUGAAAAGGCGAUCAAAUUAGCAGCCAAUGACUACUUUAGACACCUGUAUUCGCCAGGACCAGGCAAGUUGCCGCUGCUGCGCGAAAUGGCGGCCGGAGGCAGUGCGGGUCUGUGCCAGAUCAUAGUCACCACUCCCAUGGAGCUUCUCAAGAUCCAGAUGCAGGAUGCAGGCAGAGUUGCUGCUCAAGCCAAAUUAGAGGGCAGAACAGUGCAGAAAGUGUCGGCGACUUCGCUAGCUCUGGACCUGUUCAGGUCGAAAGGCAUACUUGGCCUGUACCGAGGCACGGCUGCCACCAUGCUUAGGGACGUCACCUUCUCCGUUGUCUACUUCCCUCUGUUUGCUCGUCUCAACGAUCUGGGCCCCAGGAAGAGUGAUGGAUCAGGUGAGGCAGUGUUCUGGUGCUCGUUCCUGUCUGGCUGCGCGUCCGGUUCAUUGGCUGCGCUGGCCGUAAAUCCGUUCGAUGUAGUCAAGACUCGACUGCAGGCCAUCACCAAGGAUGAGGGCGGACCCAAGUAUUCCGGCAUUGCCGACACCUUUGUCAAAACUUUGAAGAACGAGGGACCGACUGCAUUCUUCAAGGGCGGCGCCUGUCGUAUGAUAGUCAUUGCCCCCCUGUUUGGCAUUGCGCAAACUGUCUACUACCUGGGAGUCGCCGAAAAACUGCUCGGAGUUCAAAAGUAAACUGGAUCCGGAAUAUUUAGAGAAAAAUAGUUAAAUGUCUAUGCCACCGAAAUUAUUAUCGUCUAUUGGAAUUCUACUGUAACUACCGUACACUGAAGGCUAUCGUUUACCGUCAAAGAAUUAUCGUUCUACUAAUCUUGAUCUAAUUGGAUAUUAAUUAUGAUAUUAUUAAUUUAAAUUAUAAAAUUAUUAAUUAUGAUCCACUUCAAUCUGUCAGCUUUGUUUGCUAUAUCAUAUGAUGAGAAAUGCUGAUAGCUUGAGGUGAAUCUCAGUAUAGCUGUUGUUGAAUUAACGAAACGUUUUGGACCGUUUUAUGCUGAUGAGAACAAAUAAACAUUACUAAGGCUAGCUACACACGUAUCGAUUUUUGUUCGUACGAUAUUCUGCCGUGCUUAUAAAUAUUCUAUUGGAUUAAACAGAUGAUGUUUGUCAAGCUCCGUUUAAUCUGACAGAAUUCAUAAGGACGACAAAGUAUCGUACGAACAAGCAUUGAUGUGUGUGUGUGCAGGGCUUAACAGAUUUCGAGGGAGAUUCACUUUAAACUGGCAGCAUUGUUUGAAUGGGUAGCUUUAAUGCUGUCUAUGAGGGAUGCUGACAGUUGUAAGUGAAUCUCACUAUAAGAUAUCAACGAUCAAAAUUUGAUUGUUCAAAUUUAUGAUUCUCAUUAUCAAAAAUUGCAUCCUGCAAUUUUGAUUUUUGACCAAGAUUGAUUAACUUAUCAAAGAUUAAUUCAUUCAUCAACCCAAUGAUGAAUUGAAGUGACGGUAUCCGUUAAUAUUGUUGAUGAUCAGUGUAUGGUAUGUACGGCUAAAUGUUACUUAUAACCGUCGAUGUUGUUAAUGUACUGUUGUUUGAGUGUCAUCAUAUCAAAAUGUUGUUUAACAUAGUCUACAAUAAUAGAUUAUGCUUGAUUGUUAGGUAUCUUUCAAUUCUAUCUACUGACAAUAAUUACCUAUAAUAAUGUAUUUGUUGUAUAAGAAUAUUUAUGCGCAUUAUUUCAUUAUAUUAAUGUAAAAGACAACUUAUGUGGCCAUUCCGUAUUUGUGUGAGUGUGUAUGUUGUGUGCAUUGAUUUCUCGUGAAAUGUUGUUGCAUAGGAUUUUAAUAAUUUUAACAUGUUGUAUUAAAUCUUAGAAGAUUAAGAUGUUAAAUUAUUGUGAUAUUUCUAUUCUAGGUUUUAAAAUUGCAUCCAAAAAUGAUUUUGUACAUAUUAUUUAUGUCAAAAGUAUUCACUGUCAAUAAAUUGUUUUUAAUAAUAAUAAUUUUGAAUGUAAUUCAAUAAAUUUUAACAUUCUGACAAAAAAUUCAGUUUUUGUUUCUCAAUAAACUUUAUUAUUUCUCUUCAUAAAGUUUUAAAAAGGGCCUACUUUUUCAAAUCAUACGAAAAUAUUCAUAAAAUGAUUAUCAGUUCUAGACCUCACCUGGUUGUAAACGUGGAUAUUUUCGAGUAAUUAGGUAGCCUUUGUGUAAUUCUUAUAAAUUAGAUCAAUAUUGUUACAUAAAUUAAUAGAUAAUUUAGUGUUUGUCAGUUUAUUCAAUUAGAAAUUAUUCUGUUAGGAUAAUACAAGUUUAAUAAAUGCAUAUAAACUAGAAUCCCUUAAUCGGAGAUAUAUUAUGUUUUUCGUGGCUGCUGAAAUAUUCUUGCUUCAUGAUAUUGUAAUAUUAUUAUAAAUUUCUAUGUAGAUCUAAUCUAAAUGUGAGUUAGGAAUAUUUUCUUCAUAUCGUGGAUUUUAUUCUAGUUGGUUUCUCAUUACCGGAAUUGAAAAGUAGAGCUUAAAUGAGAUAAAGGUUGAACUUGAUCAAAACUAGACACUGUGUGUUCUAAACGUUUUUUACACAUUCACAAAAGAUGAUACUGCCAUUCAAAGUAUUUUAUUAAAAUAAUGGGGAAACAAUUUUGAAGAAACUUUGUCCAGUGCUUAAUAUUGUGCUAGAGUGUUUGAUGAUGCUUUAUUUAUUGAAUAAUGAUCAACUACUUAUAAUAAUUUAUUUUCUAGAAGUUGGCCAUUUUUUAAUUCUAUGAAACGUUCUAUUUCUUUUGUUAGGAGAAAUAUAUUGUUAACGAAUGAAUGAGGCCAGAUUCCAAAUCCUUGAAACUAUGUCUUGGGGAAAGACUAACAAGGUAAUGUGUAGAUUGAGUGUAUAGAGUAGAAUUUUAGUCAAUUAACAGAAAACUGAUCACUCAAUGCAGGGUAGAGAUAGAAAAAUAGUUUUUUCUAUUCACAAUAACCCAUUCUGUGUCUUCUAAUUAUAGUGGUUUAAAAUCACUUAGUUCCAUUCAUCAGAAAUAUUUGAGUAAAUUAAAAACUAGCUAAAUAUGUAAAGAAUAUAUAGCUAGGAAGAAUAUUGUACCUAUUCUAUUUGUUGUAGCAAUCCAAAUCAAGGAAAUGAAUAACAAACUCAAAUUAAUAGAAUGUGUGUAAUAGAAGCAUAGUAAUAAAUGAAUGUGUUAUAUUUAAUAUAUUGUAAUAAUAACACUCGUAUAGUUUUAGAUCGAUUCGUAUCAAAGAAGGUCACAUUAUCACUGGAACUGUCAAUUCUAAGCAAUAAAUUGAUAAACUGACAAUAUAUUUAUAUUUUUGUCAGUACGGUAAUGUAAUUGGCGUUAUUUUUGAUAAUUCUAUUCUAUUCCUGACUUGAAAUUUCUUGAUAUUGAAUAAAUGGAUUGGUAAUAUCUUAUAUGAGAGAGUACUGAACUUGAAUUCUCUGCCAUUUAAACUAUGAAUCUUAGAAUAAUUUCCUUAAGAAUUUAUAAAUCUUGGAAAAAUUCUUCACACAAAACCUAUCAAUUCUGAUUUUACAGGAGUUUUUCUAUCAGGAUCGUUAUGUAGGAGAUUAAAACUGGGAAAAAUUUGUAAAAUUGUGCCAAGAUUAAUUUGGUGUUGUUUAAUUAUUAUUCUGAUCAUAAACUAUAUCAAUGCAAUUCUUUGGCAAGAAAAUUUUUCAAAUUGAAACAUGUUCCAGAAUACUGUUGAAAUAUGCUGUCCAGAAGAGGAUUGUGAUAAUAUGAUAAUAAUUAUUGUAUUAUGAGGUAGUUAUGAACAUAUUUUAGUGCGCUUAUUGGUGAUUGAACAUAAUUAUUGUUAAUUACAAUAUUAUUGGUAAACCAGUUAUGCUAUUUAAAUACUGUAUUUGCCUUUGCUUCAAACAUAUAUUCAGUAUUAUUUGCUAUAACUUAUAAUAAUCGUUCAAAUAUGUUAAUAAAUGUUAUUUUAAAUGGA